AUGGACACUUCACUCAUGGUGAGUUUCAUUUUUAUCCUGUUUGUUUACUUAUAAUUAGUUAAAUAGAAUAAAAAAAACACACACAAACACUUGUAGAUGUAUUCAGCAAGAUGUGGUUUUGUCUCAGGUGUGUGUCUCCGUGUUUGGACUGGCUGUCCUCCUCUCCCUCCCUGAGCAUGCUUUACUGGAUGCAGUAUUUCAGAACACCUCAGGUAGGAUUUCGUGCUUAUGAUUAGUGGGGAGACCACGCACUAAGAAUAAUUCUUAAGUUUUGUCUGCAUUUAUUUCUGUAUCCAGGAUCAGCGUUUGUGCAGGAGGCUCUUCAGAGAGCGAUUGAGCUGACUGAUGCUGCGUACAAGCGCACAAGUGAAAGGUUCCUCACUGAUUACAACAUAACAUACAUCUAUUAACUUUUAUCGGCAUCAAAAAACAAGCUGUGAGUGUCUUUCAGGGUGAAGAAGUCGCUCUCUGAAGGAGCCUUGAGACCCAGUGACCUGUUGGCUCAGUUUAAACAGACUGAAGCCAGAACCAGGACCCAGAUCUGGGCUGCAGAACUGCUGGACAACACGGUAGAGCUGAUCAGAGAGAUGGUGUACACUCACACUAUGGUGCAGCCCAGCCCUCAUGGUACUGAACAGUAGUAUUCUCAUUCAUGACUCUUUAAAUUCUUGUAAUCUUGGUGCUGAUAUUUAGGCAAUAUUUGACUUUGAUAUUUACGGGCUUUGCGAGGACUUUAGUUUUUCUGUCCCCAGAUUGUUUCAGUAAAUGUUUUUUAUACAAGACUCAUUAAAUGUGUUGUAGUUCUUAUUCAAGUUAAUCGUUGUAUUUCCUCAAGAGCUUCUGAGUGAAGCUGAUGUGGAGAAUCUGCUGCAGGCCACUGGCUGCUCUAGUGAACUGCAAACACCCAGCUGUGAAUCUGACUGCCUGUCAGAGCGCUACAGAUCCAUCACAGGAGAGUGCAACAACAGGUGAGUGUUUACCACCUUUGUACUAGGUGAACUGAUUGAUGAAGCAGGUUUUGAUGUUGAGUCAUUAACUUUUUCUAAAUGACCUUAAAUCUUCUUUCAUCAAAUUUGUGGGUUUUUUGUUUGCAGUUCUUAUUAUAAAGCUUAGAAUCAAGAACAAAGUACUAAAGAUUAAAGGGAUAUUCCGUCGUAAAAUUAAUUUAGGGUCAAACACACCGUAACUCAGAGUUAGACACUCCAUCAAGUGAUGAAUGUCAACGACCGCUUGCUUCUCUAGUUAUACCAACUUUGGUAACAACCGCGGAAAGCAAUACAGAGAGCCACAUGCUCAACCAAAAAGCCACUCUAUAGUCACAAAUAAUGAUCAGAACAGCACCUAACUUCAUCAACAGUACAUAUAAGGUCCCAGCUACAGCACUAGCCACCAAACAUCUUUUUAACUUUGCCUAGUUUAUUUAGUAAAGAGACUAAACACUUACUCUCUUCCAGCAGCCGAUUGUUUGUACGGAGACCUCCAGGCGAGUCCAUCAACUACAGUGGGGUGACGCAGCUCAAGGAAGAAUAUUUAUGAUUGUUUCUACAUGAAAAUGCAAUCAGACCGAGAUUAUAAGGCAGAAGAACUACCGCGUCUGCAGUGCAAAAUGAUUAAUAUGGUGAUUAUUACUUCAAGGAAUCAUAAAGUAAUGGUCAUAAAUGUUCUUCCUUGAGCUGCGUCACCCCGCUGCAGUCGCUGAUGGACUCGCCCGGAGGUCUCCGUACAAACAAGCGACUGCUGGAAGAGAGACGGUGAGUUGUUUUUAGUCUCUUUGCUAAAGAAAUUAGGCAAAGCUAAAAAGAUGUUUGCUGGCUAGUGCUGUGGCUGGGACCCUAUAUGUACUGUUGAUGAAGUUAGGUGCUGUCCCCAACAUUCAUCUCUCGACAGGGUGUGUAAAUCAGUGUUACGGUGUGUUUGACCCUAACUUAAUUUUACACCGGAAUAUCCCUUUUUUAACAGCACAGACAUGUACAAACACAGUAUUAGAGUAGUUCCCAUCGGAAAAGUUUUUUUAAAAAUCAUUCUUAUUUACUCAAUGUGUGUGUGUGCGUGCGUGCGUGCGUGCGUGCGUGCGUGCGUGCGUGCGUGCGUGUGUGCUUGUUUUCCUGUUUAGACGGCAUCCCAGAUGGGGCGCUGCGAACAUCCCAUACCCCCGCUGGCUGCCUCCAGAGUACGAGGAUGCAUGGGGAAUGCCCCGAGGCUGGGAUCCAGAGCACACCUACCAUAACACCUCUCUGCCCCCAGUAAGCGUCCUGCAGCAGCACCCACUCCUCCCAUGUCCCUUCAGCUGUGUAACUCUUAGACUCUGUUGGUGUCCAGGUGCGUCUGGUGUCUCAGGAGGUUUUGUUCACUCACAACGAUAACAUCUCCUUGGACUCCACCCUGUCACACCUCCUGGUUGAGUGGGGUCAGUGGAUAGACCACGACAUGGUGCUGACGCCGCAGAGCCCCAGCACUGCUGCCUUCAGGACUGGAGCUGACUGCACGCGCACCUGCAGCCAAGACACACCCUGCUUCCCCAUACAGGUGAAUGUUUCUUACAGCAGCUUAAAACAGGUGAUUGUAAACUGCAUGCUGACAGACCCCUCUGUUCCUAGAUCCCUCUGUCAGAUCCUCGCAAUGGCGUCCAGAGCUGCAUGCCUUUCUUUCGUUCUGCUCCCAGCUGUGUCUCUGGAGUUUUAUCUCACCGCCAGCGAGAGCAGCUCAACGCCAUCACCUCCUUUGUCGAUGCCAGCAUGGUGUACGGCAGCUCCACCAGCCUGGCCCGGGCUCUGAGAAACCACUCCUCUCCUCUCGGUGAGAUGGCUCUCAACUCCCAGUACUCAGACCAGGAGCUGGGCUAUAUGCCAUUCAUGCCGCGCCUGCAGGCCCACCUGGACCCAUGUGGCCCCCGAAACUCCACCACCUCGGAGUCAUGGGACAGAUCCAUGCACCAGGAGAACACAACCUCUUGCUUUCAUGCUGGUGAGCAGGUGAACGAAGCGAGUUUAUCUGCAGGCUUAACCCGAGCUGUUGUUGAUGAUUCGUGUUUUACAGGGGAUUCAAGAGCAAAUGAGCAUCUGGGAAUGAUCGCCCUGCACACGCUGUUCCUGAGAGAGCACAACCGGCUUGUAAAAGUGCUGCACCAACUCAACUCCCACUGGAGCCCUGACACCCUCUAUGAGGAGGCCCGCAAGAUCAUGGGAGCUAUUCAUCAGGUAGGUCAAAGUCAAAAGUCAAAGUCAAAAUUUAUCUAUGAAGCACCUUUAAAAAGACAGCAGUCAAACAAAGUGCUGUACAUAGGAUAUAUAAAGGUAAAUAAAUAGAUAACAAUACAAUUAAAAACAGUGGAAUAAAAUACAGACAGUAAAAGAAUAAAAGCUACAGUGAUUUCAAAGACUCUAAGAUCUGUGAGGCUCUAAAAUGGACAGGUAAACUGUUCCACAGUCUAAGGGGCAACCGCUGAAAAACUCAACUCAACUCAACUUUAUUUGUAGAGCACUUUAAAACAACCACAGCUGUACAAAGUGCUGUACAUAACUAGACAAAACAACAAGAUAAACAAUUAAAAGAAUGGAUAAAAUAAAAGCAGAAUUAAUAAUAAAAUAUAGCUUCAAUGUUUUGAAAAACUAAUUUAAAAACAUAGAAACAAAUAACUAAAAACAAACCAUAGAACACUAAAACAGGAGCCGAGUCUCAUGCAGGGUUAAAAGCCAAUGAAUAAAAAUGGGUUUUAAGACGAGUUUUAAAAAUGGACAGUGUGGGGGCUUGUCUAAAAGCCCCGUCACCUCUAGACUUGAGCCUGGUUUUGGGGACGCUCAACAGUAACUGGUCAGAGGACUUUAAGGCUCUGGGUGUGGAGUGGAGAUACAGGAGCUCUGACAGGUAAGGAGGGGCGAGACCAUUGAGAGCUUAAAAAAUGAAUAAAAGAAUUUUAAAAUCAAUGAAAAAGCAAACUGGGAGCCAGUGAAGGGUCACUAAAAUUGGCGUUAUGUGGUCACGCUUUUUCUUGCCAGAGAGGAGUCGAGCUGCAGCGUUUUGGAUGAGCUGAAGGUGGUUGAUGGAUGACUUGUCCAAGCCUGCAUACAAGUUGCAGUGAUCUAUUCGUUGGCAUGUCUCUGCAAGACACCCCAACUCACCUGCCUGAUGUGAGCUGUCCUUGCACUAAGUCCUGUUUUUCUUUUUCUUCAUUUUAGAUCUUAACAUGGGACCACUACCUGCCACGGGUCCUUGGUGAGAGUACAUCUCAUCUGAUUCCUCCAUACAAAGGUUACAAUCCUGAAGUCGAUCCCAGCAUUGCAAACGCCUUUGCAGCUGCUGCAUUUCGGUUUGCCCAUGUCACAGUGCAGCCUGUGGUAAACAGGCUGGGACCAGGAUACACCGCUGACUCCAAGCAUGCUCCACUACUUCUGCAUCACUCACUGUUUGCCUCCUGGAGGGUUGUGCAGGAAGGUAAACACCAUGGAUGUCAUGCAUUCAUAUAAAAUCCCUCUUAAAAUACUGACUUUUCCUCCUGGUGCGUCAGGUGGUAUAGACCCCGUGCUGCGAGGCCUGUUGCUGUCUCCAGCCAAGCUGCAGACUCCAGGCCAGAUGAUGGUAGAGGAGCUAACAGAGAGGCUGUUUCAGGCACAGGGAGGUAUGCCACUAGACCUCGGGGCCCUUAACCUUCAGAGGGGCAGAGACCACGGCCUUCCAGGUAUGAGCUGUCUUAAGUGUUACUAUUUCACUCUUUACUGAAGAUCUUCUGUUGACUGUCAAGAAGACUGUUUUAUUUCAUCAUCUAACCCCCUGACAACUCUGGAUUUCCUCCUUCUUACAUGAAACAGGGUCUUAAGCCUAAUUUUACUUUGAAAAUCUCCAUCGUGCUUACAGUGAAAAGCUUGCUCAGCAGCUUUGGUUGGACUCUCUUUCCCUCUCUUCCUGAAUGAUUCAGCAAAAACAUGCUUAGUUUGUAUUUUCUAUAUCAAAAAUAGAGCUAAAACUUUUCCUUCCCAAAAUUACGUAACAAAGCAGUGAGUCACACAGCUUCAUCUCAGAAUCAGUUUUUGGUUUCCUGCCUUUGCUCAGACUUCAUGGUCAGACUUAGAUCCUUCCAUCUCACCCUUUUAGGAUACAGCUCAUGGAGAAAGUUCUGCAGCCUCUCUGUUCCCAACACGACCGCAGAGCUGGCUGAAAUUUUUGGUAACUCCACUCUGGCUCAUAAACUCCAGCUCCUGUACGGGACACCACACAACAUCGAUGUGUGGGUGGGUGCCAUCUCUGAGCCGGCUCUGCCCGGAGGUCGAGUUGGACCACUUCUGUCAUGCCUGCUGGCGAGACAAUUCAGAGCACUGAGAGAUGGGGACAGGUAGAAGAAGUACAUCCUCUGAGUGUGAUAAUAUGAUCAUUAUGUAGCAGGUAAAGAAACUAAACCUGUCAUUAUCUCCUGAGGUUUUGGUGGGAGAAAGAUGGAGUGUUCACCAAGAACCAGAGGAAACACCUCCACACCGUCACUCUGUCCCGGAUUAUUUGUGACAACAGCCACAUCACUCACGUCCCCGCUGACCCGUUCUCGAGGACUGAGAGACCAGAGGACAUGCUGGCCUGUUCACACCCACUUAUCCCCCACCUUGACCUCAGUCCGUGGAAAGAGCCUGACACAGGUGAGUAGAUUAAAAGAAAACACUUCAAGUUUGUCCACUUCAUCCCAUCAACCUGCAUCUCCUCCCUCUUCCAGAUCCCAGCUGUGGUGCCAUUCCUAGGAUUCAAUUUGGCUUCUCUCUACUCUGUGACUCUGUGAUUUUGUAUAAGUGUCACGCUGGCUUCAAGCUGCUGGGAUCCUCAUCUGUCAAGUGUGAGCCAAACAGCCGGCAGUGGAGUCCCAAACCUCCGACAUGUCAAGGUACAGAGCUUAAACCUGUCCUGGUAAUAAGACUAGAAUACAUACUGAGUCGUCCCUUGAGAUUUGUUUCCUGUUAUUUCGCUCAGAAUAGUAAAAUAAAAAAUAAAAAUCAUGCUUGUUUUUUUAUGGUGAGACUCAGAUGUGAACCAAAACUUCAUUAGAUGUUGACUGUCUUGAUGAACAAUUAAUCUACAACUUUUUAUAUUCAACGAUCAUCGCUCAGAUGAUCAUUGUACCUUCAAAAUACCAGAUUUUCAGUUUUAACCAAGAGAAAUAUGGAAUUUCAUGCACUGUGGCACUGCAUCUUUGUUUUAUGACAGACAGUGAUAAGGAUAGUCAGCAAACUGCAUUGGCCAGAGUUGCUUCAAUUUCAAAAUCAUCACCCUAUUAAAAUAAUGGCAAAAGUCAUUUUCUGAUGAAAAUGAGUUUUUGGCCUGAAUCAUCUCUUGAUAAUGCUGGCCAAUCUCUAGGAUCAUGCCAUGAUCCUUUCAACUAAGGAUUUGGGCAAGUUUUACCAGAGAUGGCCAGUAUUAUCUAGAGAUGAUUUAGGCCAAAAACUCGUUUCCGUCAAAAAAUUAUUUUAAUAGGGUGAAAAUAUAAGACAAAAAAUUAACACUGAACAUGACUUCACUUGAAUACAACUGUGAUAAUAUCUCUGCCUGAGCCACGUUUUCUUUUCGUUUUUUUUUUUAAAGUGGUAGUUCAACAAUGAAAACAAGAACUUUCAUGAACCUCUGCUGCUUCAAGUCAUCGAACUAAAUCCCAUUUUGGUAUUUUAACCAAGCGACUGCUGGCAGCAGGAAUUGCUUACUGUAUGUGAUUAGCCAGGAUGAGGGAGGGUCUUUAAGAGAGGCUCAGUAAAAAAGUGUGACUAUUUUCACUAAGUCCUUGCUUUUUAGAAAAGUCAAAAUCCCUCUUUUUACAGACAUCAACGAAUGUGAAGAACAAAGCUCUCUCUGCCCACAAGACCUUCAGUGCCUCAACACACCGGGCUCCUUCAUUUGCUCAGGUUAAUCUGAAUGAUUUCUUUUGACACUUGUUGAUUCCCUUUUUUCUGGAGUACUUUUGUUUUAAAAAUAGUUUAUUUCUUUUCCAAUAUUUUGCACUUACUCAGAACCCACCUCACUGUCCGUCAUCUCUGUGGCCACUGCAGUGAUAGCAGUGAUGAUUGGCGCGCUGCUGAUGAUCAUUUUCUGUUAUCGAAGGUGAGUCGCUGAAGACAUAUAGUAUAUAUAUAUAUUUUAAUGUUUGUUUUUUCAAGUUAGACUUAAAAGAUAAAAAAAAAUAACUAGCAGUCUAAAGCUAAGUGUUGAGUAGAAACACAAGAGAGUAGUACACCCUAUUCUUGAUAUUUCAUGAAGAAAAAUACUUGACAUUGCGCCAGUUUUGCAGUGUUUAAGGUCUGAAUAAUGACAUUUCUCUUUUUCAGAUAUUUCCUAAAGAAAGAAGAGCUGAUCAGAGCGCCGUGCUGUCAGGGGAAGAGUUAGUUUGUUCAGCAUUUGUUCAAAUGGUCUUAAAAAUAUCUCACUGCCUAUACUAUAUUUGCUUCUUAAAAUGAUCGUCCAUUAAAAUGUUCUUUUUUUUUUUUUAUCGAAUGAUGUGUACUUUGUAUUAUUACAAUGAGCUGAAGACAUCAUUUUAAAUCAUAGGGUAUCCCUGAAGUUGACCUGCAGAUCACUGUGACACUGCUCAUUCAUUAAAUCAAAGUGUUA